AUAUGAGCUUAUUAUUUAUUUUAAUUAUUAGUCGUAUAAUUUUGAUUAAAGAUAUACUCGGUAUGUUAUUCUUAGGAUUGUUAAUCACGAGUAAUAAAUAAUGUUUUAUAUUUUUAAUUUUUACUUUCUACAUGCAAUCUAUAAAUAACGUUUUAUAUUUUCAAUUUUAACUUUUCACAUGCAAUCUAUAUAUGAAGAUUACCCAAAGUACUUAAUAUUUUAUUUUUCCUACUUUGUACAAAUAUAAUUUUAGUAGAGAGUAAUUUAUUUACUAUUGAGGUAAAAAAGAAGCAUCUUAAAAGGCUUAUUAGUAGCACAAAAUCCAAAUUGAAAACAGAAUAUUUGUCCUCCCACCCAAAAUUUUGCUCAGUUUUCUAAGGCUGGUCAUCUUAAGAAAGGAAAAGGUGACAAGACGUUCAUAUGUUGAAGAGUAGUACUUUAUUUAAUCUGCAUGGACUUAUGGAGAUUGCGACAAGAGACUGUUAAUGUGUUUAAUUUUUAAUUUUUACUAUUAAUAUUAAAAAAAUUAUUUUUAUUGAAAAGGAAGAAGCUUGUGGUCCAAGCAUAUGAAUUGGCACCUCCCUCCAACAAUCCAACAUGGCAACAUCUUAUGAGCUACGAGUAGAAUAGUUUAGUUUUGUAAACUUUGUUUAAAUUUAAACAAAAUAUGAAAAUACUAACUAAAGAUUUAAGUUUAGGAUAAUCACAAUGUGUUACAAUCUUCUUACUAAAAGGUUAAAUUAUAGACUAGUUUUACUAAUGUUACACUAACUACGUAUUAAGUAUAUACCAUGUCUUGAUAUUACUUCUAUAAAAUAAAUUUAAGUAAUAAUAUUCGUAUUCAAACUUACAAUAUUUUUAAAGUCAAUAAUAAAAUGCCUAUUGUCUCGUAAAUUAACGGUAAUAUGCUUACUUCGUAUUAAUUUAUUAUCGACCUUUUUCGAGUAAUAUACUCGUAGCAAACAAUAGAAAGGAAAAAGCUUGUUCAUUAAGCAUAUUACUAGCGCUUAGCACAUCAUCUUCCUAUACAAUAUUCCCUCCUUUAUAUUCCCCUUGUUAAAAUCUUGUCUUCAUUUUUGUAUUUUAACCAAAAACAAAAGAAGAAGAAGAAGAAGCAAAGCAUCUCCAUUCCACACAUUACACAUGACCACCUUUGCCUUGCUUUCCAUCCCAUGCAAGUAUCUAGCUUUUCCUUUGCUUACAAUUUAGACCUUUUUUCUUCUCUAAUUCUAAUCCUUUCUUCUUCAUAUUACACAAAAACAAUAUUAUUUCCAAAAAAAACACCUAUUUUGUAAAUCCUAAAACUUUUUGCACAAAAAAAUUACAAAAAAAAAAUAAAAUUAAAAAUAAUAUUUCCCUCUUAAAAGUUUGGAAUCUUUGCUCAAUUUUCACAAUUAAACCAAUGUUGGUUUUGGUUUAUUAGUCAUAUAUAACCCAUAAAAUUGCUUAACACCCCCAAAAAACACCAACUUUCUAGUCAAGUUUCAUCAUUGUUCUAGAUUUCCCAAUUUGAGCUUUUUCUCUAGAUUUUGUGGGGUUAAUUUUUUUUGUGAUAUUUUUUUUUUGGUUUUUCAAGAGCUUUGUUUUCUUCAUUCAUGGUUAAGUGUGGGAAGUGUUGAAUGUUUGUCUCUAAUAAUAUCUUCUUUCCAAAUUCAUGGCAUUGAAAGACCCCCCAUUUUCAAUCCCCUGCUUUUGUAGUCUCCUCUGUUCUUGGAUUUUGUUUCAAUUUUUCUAACAAAUUCAUUUUUAUCAAUUUUUGUUCUGAAUCUUUUCUGGGUUUUGCCAAUUUCUCCACAAUCAAUGAAACUAUAAAAAUCAUUUCUUUCACUUGUAAGCUAUCAAAAAAACCCAAAAUUUCCUUGGUUAUUUCAACACCCACCAAUUUUAUUUCUUCAAAAAAUAAAAAAAUCAUAAAAAGAGUACCAAAAACCCCCCUAUAAAAUCACAAAAAAAUUUGGGUAAAAUUCAAGUAGAAGACAUAAAAUUAGUAGUAGAAAAAUGGGUUUAUUGUCAGGAACACUAAGAGCAACUUGGCAACCAGUGAUGACAGGUGAUACAUCAACUUCAAAAUACUGGCUAAAUUGGAGGGUUUUGCUAUGUGUAAUUUUGGUAUUAAUCUCCAUGAUUUUUGCCUCAUUUCUAAUAUCAAAACAUGAGGGCCCAAGAAAAUCUUCUAAACCAAAUUUGGAUGAAGAAGAAAUUUCAAAAGAAAAGCCAGGAAUUUUAUAUGCAGAUGAAGUUUGGAUGCCUUGUCUUAAAGGAAUGCACCCUGGUUGGCUCUUAGCUUUCAGAGUUUGUGCUUUCUUUGUGCUCUUAAUUCUCCUCAUUGUCAAUGUCAUUGUUGACGGUGGCUCCAUUUUCUACUAUUACACUCAGUGGACUUUUACACUUGUUACCAUAUAUUUUGCGUUAGGAUCGGUGUUAUCCAUGUAUGGCUGCUAUGAUUACCACCAAAAAAUUAGUGGUGAUAGAGUUCAUAGUGAAGGGAUUGAUGCAGAAAGAGGUGUUUAUUUAGUCCCUAUGAAUGGUGGAACUCCGAAUGCAAUUAAAGCCAGUUUUAGCACCCAACAAAUUCUUCAUCGGCCUCGCGCUACUGCCGGUUUCUGGGGCUAUGUCUUUCAGGUUAUAUUUCAGAUGAAUGCAGGAGCAGUGAUACUCACAGAUUGUGUAUUUUGGUUCAUAAUUGUUCCAUUCCUAGCAACCAAAAAUUAUGAUCUCAAUUUUUUCAUUAUUAAUAUGCACACAAUCAACCUUGUUUUCCUGCUUGGUGAUACCGCGUUGAAUUGCUUGAGGUUUCCUUGGUUUCGAAUUGCAUAUUUCAUCCUUUGGACAUCAUUCUUUGUCAUUUUCCAAUGGGUCCUUCAUGCUUGUAUAUCUAUUUGGUGGCCAUAUCCAUUUUUGGACUUGUCGUCCUCAUUCGCCCCAUUAUGGUAUUCUUCAGUGGCAAUAAUGCAUUUCCCAUGUUAUGGCAUCUUCUUCUUGAUAACAAAGCUCAAGCAUAAUCUCUUGUCAAAACAUUUUCCUAUGUCCUACCAAUGCUCUAGGUGAUAAAGACAAAGAAAGUUUGUCGGAAAUUGAAGCCUAAACCAAAAAAGAUUUCAUGAUUUUGAACAGAUUUUAAAGAACAGCAUUAAUUUUCGUUCGUUUCGAUUAUUUAAGAGAGGUAGAAAUUCAGAGCUAAGUAUACAGAUCAGGAAAUAUACAUAUACUAGAUAAAAUGUUGGCAAGUUUUGUUUUUAGAAAUGUGGUAGUUUGUGAUCAAGUAAACAUUCACAUAUAGUGGAUGGAACAAUUGUAGUUACCAUAUUAUAUAGGUUUUGUAUAAAAAAAUUGCAUAUACAAAAAUGAUGAUUUUACAAGUAUAUAUACUCAUAUUCUCAAA